GCGACAAUCUUGGCAACAGUAAUAUGGCCAGCCUCAUAGCCAUCCUCGACCUCAAGGGAAAACCUCUCAUCCAACGCUCAUACAGAGACGAUGUACCAGCAUCUCAUAUCGAACGUUUUCUGCCUCUUGUUCUCGACAUAGAAGAGGAAGGGCAACAGGUUACCCCAUGUUUCUCUAACCAAGGCGUCAACUUCAUGCACAUCCGCCAUUCCAAUCUAUAUCUGCUUGCACUGAGCAGACGAAACUCGAACGUGGCGGAGGUCAUCUUAUUCCUACACCGACUGUCCCAGGUCCUCAUCGAAUACUUCAAAGAACUCGAGGAAGAAUCGAUUCGGGAUAACUUCGUCAUCAUAUACGAGCUCAUGGACGAGAUGAUGGAUUUCGGAUACCCACAAACAACGGAGAGCAAGAUCCUGCAAGAAUACAUCACACAAGAAUCGCACAAGUUGGAGAUACAAGUACGGCCGCCGAUGGCAGUUACGAACGCGGUAUCAUGGCGGUCAGAGGGUAUUCGGUACAGGAAGAAUGAAGUGUUCCUUGAUGUCAUCGAAUCUGUUAACUUGCUUGUCAAUGCGAACGGGAAUGUUGUUCGUUCUGAAAUCUUGGGUGCAGUCAAAAUGAAGUGCUACCUCUCCGGUAUGCCAGAGUUACGGCUUGGUCUCAACGACAAAGUCAUGUUCGAAACAACUGGGAGAACGUCUCGAGGGAAAUCCAUCGAACUCGAAGACGUCAAAUUCCAUCAAUGUGUCCGCCUGUCACGCUUCGAAAACGACCGCACCAUCUCCUUCAUCCCACCCGACGGCGAAUUCGAACUCAUGUCCUACCGAUUAUCCCAAACCGUCAAACCGCUGGUGUGGGUGGAAGCCGCCGUGGAGAAUCAUAAGGGCUCGAGGGUGGAGUACAUGGUGAAGGUCAAGGCGCAUUUCAAACGGCGCAGUACGGCCAAUAAUGUGGAGAUUUAUGUGCCCGUUCCCGAUGAUGCUGAUAGUCCCAAAUUCAGGACAUCUACGGGUUCAGUGACGUAUGCGCCAGACAAGUCAGCGUUCGUCUGGAAGAUCAAACAGCUCGCAGGCGCGAAGGAGUUCCUCAUGCGGGCACAUUUCGGCCUACCAUCAGUAAAAUCAGAGGCCGAUGUCGAGAAACGCGCCCCCAUCACUGUCAAAUUCGAGAUACCCUACUUCACCGUCAGCGGUAUCCAGGUCCGAUACCUCAAGAUCGUGGAGAAGUCUGGGUACCAAGCCCUGCCAUGGGUCCGAUAUAUCACGCAGAAUGGUGACGACUACAGUCUGCGGACGGCGCUCGAGAAAGGCAGCGCCCCGAUUGUACCGAUGUAGUAUUCGUUGUGUCAGUGGACUUUUGUUGUGGAGGCUGUGUUGCCCUUGUUUUUUUUCUCUGUGUUGUCGACGUGUUGAAUGAGUGUUUAACGUAUACGUUUGCUGGAAGAUGGGUGUGGUUAGGAUUUUGUGUGGUAUUUAUUGUAACUUCAUAGAUCACCGAACCAGGAAUGUGAGUGCAGGUGUCGACUAAUCUUCUUCAGAAAUUCGUCAAUAGACAGGAUUCGC